AAAUCGAACAGCCGAAUGACGACCACCAGAGGAGGACUUGCCAGUCAACUGGUGCACGUGUAUCCAAGACUCCAAGAAUAUCAAGCACCUGGCGCUACACUAUGCAUCAGCUUUCCCUAUCUCAUGGCGAUCAGAAAUACCAUUAUCCUUUUCUUCUUGUUCGCCUUCCUAUCUUCCCAAAAUUGUUGUUCAGUUGCACAAAAAUGGAUUAAAGCUGGUUACUGGUACGGUGGUAGUGACUUCCCAAUACCUGACAUAAAUUCUGCCUUGUUUACACACCUUCUUUGUGCAUUUGCCAAUGUCAACUCAUCCACCUAUGAGCUCUCCAUCCCAUCUGACUUUCAACAGAACUUCUCGAUCUUCACCGGCAUCGUCAAGCGCAAGAACCCUUCAAUUGUAACGCUUCUGUCAAUAUGGAAUGGGCAGGCUGAGACAUACAAGUCCAUUUUAGGUGAGGCAGUUAACAGUUCUGUCUUGUCUUCAAUGCUGACGCAAUCUUCCUACAGGAAGUCUUUUAUUGAAUCUUCGGUAAAAACAGCUAGGACUCUUGGAUUUCAAGGAAUAGACUUGUUCUGGCUUUGGCCUAAUAGCACAGAUUUGUCGAAUAUAGGAACUCUGUUGGAUGAGUGGAGGGCUACUGUCGAUUCCGAGCCAAGAAACUCAAGCGUGUCGAAGUUAAUUCUAACAAUGGGCGUUCGCUACUCACCAAGUCUUCAAAGUGUAAGUUAUCCGAUUAAUUCAAUGAAGAGGAAUUUAGAUUGGGCACAUGUUGUAGCAUAUGACUAUCACAUGCCUUCAAGGGAGAACUUUACAGGCAACCAUGCUGCUUUAUAUAAUCCUUCAAGCAAUAUUUCUACCGAUUUUGGCAUUAGAGAAUGGUUAAGUCGAGAAUAUCCAGCAAACAAACUACUUUUGGGUAUGCCGUACCAUGGAUAUGCCUGGAAACUAGUGGAUCCCACUGACAAUUCUCUUGGCGCACCAGCCUCAGGUCCUGGUGUUAUUACCAUUGAUGGUUCAAUAGGCUAUAGGUUCAUCAGAUCAUUCAUUCAAAAUUAUGGUUAUGGAGCUAGGUCAGUUUAUAAUUCUACUUAUGUAGUGAAUUAUUUCGUUGCUGGAUCAACUUGGAUCAAUUUUGAUGAUGUGGAGACAGUUAGAGCUAAGAUUUCUUACGCGAAGGAAAAGGGGCUACUUGGUUUCAACGUGUAUCAAGUGAUCCAUGAUGACAAUUGGGCUCUUUCUCUGGCAGCACAAGAUGAGGUACACCAUGGAAAAAGGAGCUGUUUAUGGCUAAAAAUUGUGCUUCCAAUUGCUUUGAUCAGUAUCUUAUCAGCCUCAUUGAUGUUUUACUACAGAAGGAGACUUUUUGAGCGAGAAGCUACAGGAACCAGAGUCUUAGGUGAUAGAAGUUUCUCUGGUAGAGGAACUAGUUUAUCGGCCGCUGCAGAAAAUUUUGAUGGUGAUGCUCCUAUCCUGCAAGUGUUCAGUUUUGAAAGCAUUAAAGCAGCUACAAAUAACUUUUCAAGAGAAAACCAGCUUGGAGAGGGUGGGUUUGGCCCUGUUUAUAAGGGUAAAUUACCAAGAGGCCUGGAAAUAGCAGUGAAGAGGCUGUCAGCAUCAUCAACUCAAGGACUUGAAGAGUUCAAGAACGAGGUUUCGCUUACGGCUAGACUUCAACAUGUAAAUCUAGUUAGGCUUCUGGGAUUUUGCUCCGAGAGGGGAGAGAAGAUGCUAAUAUACGAGUACAUGCCAAAUAAAAGCUUGGAUCUCUACCUCUUUGAUCCAAUUAGAAGGUAUAGCUUGGAUUGGAGUAAGCGGGUUCGUAUCAUUGAAGGGGUUACUCAAGGGCUUCUAUACCUCCAAGAGUACUCAAAUUUUACAAUAAUUCAUCGAGACUUGAAAUCUAGCAACAUUUUACUAGACGAUGAAAUGAAUCCAAAGAUAUCAGAUUUUGGCAUGGCUAAACUUUUCAGGAAAGAUGUGAAUGAAGCAAACACGAGCAGAAUUGUUGGAACUUACGGCUAUAUUCCUCCUGAAUAUGCGAGGAAAGGCAUAUAUUCCAUUAAGUAUGAUGUUUAUAGCUUUGGAGUUGUACUCCUUCAAAUGAUAAGUGGAAAGACGAAUACACGUUUUUACGGCGAAAACGAAGACUUGAACCUUUUAGAAUAUGCAUAUGACCUGUGGAAAAACGGGCAAGGAAUGGAAUUCAUUGAUCCAUUUUUGGAUGACUCAUCCUCACCUUGUAAACUACUGACAUGCAUGCAAGUUGCUCUGCUGUGUGUCCAAGAAAAUCCAGAUGCUAGACCAACAAUGCUAGAAGCUUUCUCAAUGCUCAAAAAUGAUGAUUCCCUGGCUAUUGCUACUCCUGAAAGGCCAGGAUUUUCAGAAAAAAAGAAAGGGGACAUGGAAACUGCAUCCUCAUCCCAGCAAGUAAUGUGUUCAUUCAAUGAUUCGCAAGUUUCCCAAUUGGAACCCUGUUGACAAUCCAACCUAUAUUAAGCUAAAGAAAUUAUAACUUAGCUUCUGUCGUCCUGACCUCUGUUCUUCUUCCUUGCACUCAUUAAAUCUUUGUUGAUAUUAGUUGCUAAA